GCCCUGGGGUGCGCUGGGCAGGCCACUUCCUUCUCCCGCCGGGGCUGCAACCCCAGAGUCUGCUGGUAGGGGCGAGGACAGAGGGCGCAGGAUGGGUAGAUUCUGGACGACCCCCGGUCAACUCUAUCUUCUCGCAACUCUGGUCCCAAGGCUGGUGCAGGCCCAACCCCUGGCCCAGCGGAAGUCGUGGCUCGUGGGGCUAGGGGCUGCGCUGGCCUUGCUCUUCCUCAUCUUUGUCCUCACCUUGGUCUAUGCCGUCUGGUGCCGGGAGUCCCAGGACAGCAGUGAAGAGAAGGAAGAGGAGACUGUGAGAAAGGAAAAGGGAGAUGACGACUGGGGGCUGGAACUGGAGGAGAUAGAGGGGCCUCCGAACCAUGAAGCAAUGGCAAGUUCCUCCACAUGAAGUCUUCCCACUUAUCUCCUCCAGGCAGUCCUCCAGGGAUGCCCCAAUGCCUUCUCCACACCCUAUCAGCAAAGGACCUGGUCCUGAGACCAGUAAGAUGACUCUCUGGGAUUCAGAGGUCUCAGAACCUGCCCCAAAUCCCUCUCAGAGGGCUCUCUGUGUGUUACCUGGUGGUUCUGUACCCCUUCCCAAGCUUGGUCUCCACUUGAUGAUUCUUCUUGAGCUUGGAGGGCACUCCUGGAGAAGGAGCCGCCCACAUCCCCCCAACCCCCCCCCCCCCCCCACUGUCUCAUGUCUCUUAACCCAGUCCAUCGCAGGCAUCUUUUUACCCAGCGCCUGAUUUCUUUCCCCACCUCCGAUUUCUGUCAGCUUUUGGAUUUCAUCGGAGAAGGCAGGUCCUCCUGUUGCCCAGGUGUAAGCUCUUCAAGAGCUUUCUUUGAGUCCCAGUCCCUCUCCUGGCUGCUGUUCGCUGUCCCUGAACGUGAACUUUGAGCUGGCUCAGAGCGCAGGGCUGUUUCCUGGGAGAUGAGGGCUUCUCCUACCAUGUGCUGAGUUUCAGCACUUUGUCCUGCACGCUAGCACUCCCAGGGGGUGGGGUGAGGGUGCAGGGGUGGGAGUGGGGGGGCGACACAGGAUCGUUACUCCCUCUUCCGGUCCUGCACUCCUGGUGGGGAGGCUCCAAAGAGAAGGAGAAGGGGCUGGAGUCCCCACUUCUUUGCUGUGUGUCCCGGAGCAAGUAACUUAACCUCUCUGUGCCCAAGAGCCUAGUUCUGUAAAAGGAAAGAAUAAAUUCUUCUUAAAUUGUCA